AUGUUCAGUCCCCGGUUUCUCGUUGUCAGUCUGGGAAAUCCCUUGCCCAAAUACGAAAGUCUUCAUUCUGCGGGUCAUUUCGCUCUCAAUGGUCUUGCCAAGGUCCUACGGUACCCUUCGUUUCGGGAGGUAACCCUCGGAAAGCAGCCAUGUCUGGUGUCUCAGGGACCAAAGUACACAUUGGUUCAGUCGCCCACUCUCAUGAACAUCUCUGGAAGCUUUGUCGCUCGAGCAUGGCAGGAUAUGGUCAAGCAGCAUGAGCCAUCAUCACUUAGUCUGGUCAUUGUGCACGAUGAACUUGAGAAGGACCUCGGCAUCGUUCGACUUACUGCGUGGGAUCGAAGCCACAAAGGCCACAACGGGAUCAAGAGUGUCAAGGGGUCUCUGUCACAAGGGAAAUACCCCGAUUCUCCGUUUGUGCGAAUUGCCCUUGGCAUUGGACGACCAAAGGAGAGAGACCCCGAAACCGUCAGUCGAUAUGUCCUUGACCGGAUAUCGGGAGAACAGAGGAGAAUCCUGGAGGAGGAAGCGCCCUGGAAAGUUGCAGAAAGACUCGUCGAGCUGGAAGACGAAUGGAGGGCCGAGCUCAAGUCAUGA